AUGCUCCAUGCACCACCAGUGCUCCAUCCACCACUAGUGUUCCCUGCCACCACUAGUGCGCCCUGCAAUCACCAGUGCGCCCUGCCACAACCAAUGCUCCCAGCAACCACCAGUACUCCUCGUUACCACCAGUGCUCCCUGUCAUCACCAGUGCGUCCUGCCACCACCAAUGCUCUCAGCAACCACCAGUGCUCCCUGCCAUUACAAGUGCUCCCAGCAACCAUCAGUGCUCCCUGUCAUCACCAGUGCGUCCUGCCACCUCCAAUGCUACCAGCAACCACCAGUGCUCCAUGCUACCACCAGUGCUCCCUGUCAUCACCAGUGCGUCCUGCCACCACCAAUGCUCUCACAACCACCAGUGCUCCCUGCCAUUGCAAGUGCUCCCAGCAACCACCAGUGCUCUCUGUCAUCACCAGUGCGUCCUGCCACCACCAAUUCUCCCAGCAACCACCAGUGCUCCAUGCUACCACCAGUGCUCCCUGUCAUCACCAGUGCGUCCUGCCACCACCAAUGCUCUCAGCAACCACUAGUGCUCCCUGCCAUUACCAGUGCUCCCAGCAACUACCAAUGCUCCAUGCACCACCAAUGCUCCAUCCACCACUAGUGUUCGUUGCUACCACUAGUGUUCCCUGCCAUUACCAGUGCUCCCAGGAACCACCAAUGCUCCAUGCACCACUAGUGCUUCCUGCCACUACUAGUGUUCCCUCAAUCACCAGUGCUCCCUGCCAUUACCAGUGCUCCCAGCAACCACCAAUGCUCCAUGCACCACCAGUGUUCCAUGCACCACUUGUGCUCUCUGCUACCACCACUGCUCCCUGCAAUCACCAGAGCUCCCUGCCAUCCCCAGUGCUCCCCAACAACCAAUGCUCCAUGCCACCACCAGUGCUCCAUGAACCACUAGUGCUCCAUGCCACCAGCAGUGCUCCCUGCCAUCACUAG